AUGACAGAGGAGGCAAUUGCGGAGGCUUGCCCUUGUUGUCGUGGAAUUGCAAUUGCAGAGCAUGCUUGCAACCUGAAUAAUUCAGAGUGGAGGAAUAUCAGUCAUGAUGAUAGGAUUUGCCACGCCAAGCAUUUACUACAUGUGCUUCUUCCAUUUCUGAAACAAUUCAAUCAAGAGCAAUUGAUGGAGAAGGAAAUAGAGGCCAAGGUUCAAGGGUUAUCAUUGGCAGCAAUAAAGUUACAGAAGGCAAAAACUUUUCACAAGCGUGUGUGUUGCACCUACUGUAAAACUUCUAUUGUGGACUUCCACCGAAGCUGUCCAAACUGUUCUUUUCGCCUUUGCCUCACUUGUUCUCGGGAGAUCCGUGAUGGUCACUUCCUGGGAGGUGGGAAGGAAGUAAUCUUUCAAUAUAUUGACAAUGGACGAUCUUGUCUGCAUGGUGGCAAUGCCUAUCCUGUUUUCUCUGGAAAGGGUGUGGUUCAGCACGGUGAAGAAAAUAAUCAGCAGCAGGAAAGAAGGAGAAACAGCGGGGGUGAAGGCGGAGAUUUGGAUAUAUCUGUUGGCACAAGGUCCAAAGAUCAUGAGAAGUCAACUUCUGAGUGGAAAGCGAAUAAAAAUGGUGUCAUUUGUUGUCCUGCGAGGAAAAUGGGUGGCUGUGGUCAUCACCAACUAGAGUUGAAGUGCAUGCUUCCUGAAGAUUGGGUUUCAUGCUUGGUGAAGAAAGCAGAGGAUGCAUCUAAAAUGCUCAAACUUCAUGUUAUGCCUAGAACUUCCCUGCAAUGGUGCUCCUGUUUCAGUUCACUGGCCGGAGACAUUCAACAUGGGAAUUUGAAGCAUUUCCAGCAGCACUGGGUCAAAGGUGAGCCAGUGAUUGUGAGUGAUGUGCUUGAACAUACAUCUGGUUUGAGUUGGGAACCAAUGGUUAUGUGGCGUGCAUUCAGACAGAUAACACAUUCUCAGCAUUCUAAGCAUUUAGAUGUUGUGGCCAGUGAUUGCUUGGAUUGGAGUGAGGUAAAGAUUAAUAUUCGCCAGUUCUUUAAGGGGUAUUUGGAAGGUCGAUUUCACAGUUCGUUGUGGCCUCAGUUACUGAAAUUGAAGGAUUGGCCUUCCUCCAAUUCUUUUGAGGAACGCUUACCUCAUCAUGCUGCCGAGUUUAUCGAUUGCUUGCCAUUCAAGGAAUAUACGCAUCCUCGCUUUGGCUUUUUCAAUCUUGCUGUCAAAUUGCCGUUAACGACUUUGAAGCCAGACUUGGGACCAAAGAUAGAUAUUGCUUAUGGGGUUGAUCAGGAGCUGGGGGAUGGGGACUCCGUGACCAAGCUUCGUUGUAAUAUGGCUGAUGCGGUGAUUAUAUUGACUCAGGUUAAUGCAGUAACUCUUACACCAAAACAGCUUUCCAAAAUAGAGGAGUUGAAGCAAAAGUAUUUAAACCAGGAUCAGAGAGAAAUUUUUGAUAACGGUAGUGAACUAGGCCAAACCGUCGAGAAGCAACAGCUUUCCCCAUCGAUGGAGAAGUCUAGGCCAGGUGAUUCUGGUGUUCAGUCAAGUACUAAAUUCGUUGCUGAAGUAUCAAGCUGCUGUGAAGUUUCUAGUUUGUGUGGUGGUGGGUCUCGUAGCAUGCCUUCAGAUGGUAGACAAUAUGUUUACGGUGGUUUUGUAAAUGCUAAAGAAGCGACAGAGCAAGCAGGUGAAGUUGAUCUAUAUGGUGAUUUAAAUG